AUGGAUGCAUCUGAAAAAUUACUAGAUCACUUGCAAAAGGUGCAAGGCGGGUCUCAAGUUGAUGGCAAAUUGAUCAAUAAUUAUAUAUUGAUAAAUAAUACAAGCGCUGGGGGUGUUGAUCGAGAAUUCCUCUCGCGAUGUAUUCCCUUGAUAAACAGCAUAUUAUUCGAAGAGACUUACUCUCAAAUAGACAGCAACUUUGCCAUCGUGGAUUUGCUAGGCUCUAUUUUGGCGAGAUUACCUUUCAGUGAAGUGCUUCAAAUUUAUGAUAAAAAUUUCAUUGUUGAUGCCGUUUCAUCUCCUCUGCCACAGAUAACUAAGUUGGCUUUGGAUAUUUUGAAGCAGAAAAUCCUAGAAGCAAACCAAUUGCUAGAUGAGACAAAUAUCAUCUACUGCAUCGUACAUCGCUAUCUUUCUGACCAGAAUUUACCUCUAUCAGUUGUCAAUGCCACAGAGCAGUUUAUAACUGUGCUAAUCGAACUGGAUCGAAGUAUUGCAGCAUCCAAAUUAUUAACAAAGGAUUUGUGUGAUUUGUAUAAGAAUGCGAGGUAUGGGGAGGAGUCCACUUUGAAAACUCGGCUCUUGGAUUUCUCGCUCUUUAUCCUUCCAAUUAUAAAUCACCUGAACUUCCCUACGGAGAUAAUAAAAUUCUCUAGGCAAGAUAUCUUACAGAAUGAUGACCCUUUGUUUGUUGUAUUAUUAAUCAGCUUCUAUACAAAAUUGAUAGGUAACUUGGAUAACUCAUCUAUAGAAACUUUUAACGUCAUAAAGGAGCCACUCUCCGACAUAGCUAGCUUGUGGCCUUUGAGACAAUCCGAUAGCAUGAUUGGAUCAUUUUAUGCGAGUGAAAUUGUCAAUUUAUUUUCUAAAAUAUCCUAUUGUGCAUUGCAAUCGGUUAUUUCAUUUACUAAAGAAUUGAUAAGGAAGCUUGAGCUUUUCAAGUCUUACAAUCUUUAUAUCGAUUCUUUUGAUGAAGACAUAAGACUUCUUAAUAAAUUCAAUCCUGAAUUACUUGGAGGAGAAUCGUUCUACGAUGAAGUUUUGAAGAAUAUUCCAUUGUUAAGUCAAAGAUACUUUCCUAUUUUAUUGAAUGUUAUAGGAUCACUGGAAAUAUUUGACAUUUUAACAGAUAACGAUAGAUUAACUUCAAUUUCAAUUUCCAAGUUAUCGCUGGAUAUGCUAUAUAGCCUUCUAGUGAGGUUGACUAGCUAUCUGUACUCAAUUCAUUUUUUACUUAACCACUUGCCAUCUACAGUCUUUGACUAUUUGAUAGCAUCACGCUCAGAGUUAAACGAUUCAGAAAUCUGGAAGAUGAAACAAGAAGCUCUCGAGAAUUUAUUACAUUCCGGUGUUGACUUGGGAAUCUGGAAAGAAAAGUUGUUUUCGUCUUACAGUUUGAUGAAGAACGGGAGAAAGGUUCGUGAUAUUACUCCAAAUGUGGAGAUAACCGACGAGUUUAUCUGA